UAGUGUGUAAGAGUCCUUCUUGUAGGGAACACAGCCUCUCUCUUCCCUCUGUCUCUCACUCUUCCACUCGUGUGUGUGAGUGUGUGUGCGAGUGCGCGCCCAGUUACGCAGAAUCGUAUAUACCUUCUCCCCACCACCCCUCCUCCCUACCUGCUCUCUCUCUGUCUUUCUUCCCUUCCUUACAUCUCCCUGUUUCUCUCACUUUACGCUGGGCAUCCUCAGCUAUUCGUUUUCAAAACGUCUUGACUGGCUUUUAAAUUAUUGGAGUGAUCGGCGGGGCGUGAUUUUAGUGAGACAAAGGCCUUGUCAAUGUGUUUGUGUUGAGAAAUUAGGAGCCCAGUGCCCCACUAUGGGAGAAAUAUGAGUAGAAUUGCACACCUGUGAGAUAACAUGAAGACUCGCGUGGAUUUUAAACCAACCGCUCGCCAGAUUGUCCCAGGACUCUGACUCGUGGGGGAACUGUGGUGGUCGUGGUGGUGGUGGAGGAGGGAGGGAGGAGUAGAAGAACCAGGCACCAGCCCUGAGGAGUAUAUAAGGGCCCACCUCGAUGGCCGUGGCUUGUCAGUUGAGUGCCGUAGCUGCUGCCACGAUGGUCGCCCUCGUCUUAGCUGCGGCGGUCGCCACCCUCAUGUCAGUCAUCAACGCCCAGGAGCCUCCGACGCCAGGGAAGAACUGCUACCGGAAGUGUAUGCCAGGAGAUACGCGCACCUGCCACUUCAGUUUCGAGGUCCAUCUCUAUCAGACGAUGUCAAGAGCCUGUUACAACUGCCCAAGGAACAUAACCGACUGCAGUAGGCCGGAAUGCGUGCCGGGGGACGGAGUCCAGAGACGAAUUGUUGUUGUGAACAAGCAAAUGCCCGGUCCUCACAUACAGGUGUGCGAAGGCGACAGAGUGGUCGUAGACGUCAAAAACUCUUUACUUGGAGCCGGCUUAACUAUGCACUGGCAUGGUCUUCCGAUGAAGGCAUCUUCAUCCGGCGAUUCUUCAGCCACUCCCUUCAUGGAUGGAGUGCCGGGAGUUUCACAGUGCCCCAUCAAUCCAGGUUCCUCCUUCAGGUACUCCUUCUGGGCCUCCAAACCUGGUACCCACUUCUACCACGCUCACACAGGCUUCCUUAGAGGAGAUGGAGUUUUCGGCCCAAUCACGAUAAGAAAGCCCCCUACUGCUGAUCCUAAUAUAGAUAAAUACGACCACGAUCUUCCGUCCCACAAUAUAAUCUUCCACGAUUGGUUACAUAUCCCGACGGAGGACAAGUUCUCACUGAGGCACCAUGGCGGAGGUGAUGAUUUUCCAGACUCUAUGUUAGUGAAUGGUCAAGGUCCUCAACAGCAUUUCAACGCAACACCAGUGUCUGCAGCAAUUCCGUACAAAAGAUUCACAGUCAUACCAGGAAACCGAUACAGAAUGCGACUAAUAAACGCGGCUGUCCUUAAUUGUCCGGUUACUGUUGCCAUUGAACAACACAUCCUGACAGUCAUAGAAACUGACGGGAAUCCCAUUGUUCCUGUCAACACAUCUUCACUCGUCAUCUAUCCAGGUGAGCGGUUUGACGUGGUCGUACACCCUACACCAGACAAAUCAGGAAGCUUUUGGAUAAGUUUUAUGGGAGGGGUUGACUGCGCGGUGACGGCUGCGCACCAGUUUGCAGUUCUGGAAUAUGAGCGCUUUCCUCAUCAGAGCCAAAACGUUCACGACAGAGCUGUCAUUCAAAGGAUGUCCCCUAAACCCGUUUUCACAGAAGUUCCACCAGAGGGAGUGCAAGUCAACAGCAUCAACAGCGCUUGUUACGACGAUCUGAUAUGUGCGAGGGACCUGAGAUCACUGAAGCCCCUACCGGCAGAUUUGGCGGACCCCAGGGCCAACUUCACGUUCUACCUAGCUUUCGAAAUGCGCAGAAUACACAACCCUCAAUUCUACUCAAGAAUGUUCUACGACUUCAAUCUAAUGUCGGAAGAACAACAGAUCCCAACACCUCAGAUUAAUAACCUGUCGUUCAUGCCCCAGUCUGUACCUCUACUCCUUAACAUUGGGAACAACGACCACAAGAUGUGUAAUGCUGACACAGCAAUACCUACUAAGAACUGCCAUGAGGAUUACUGUGAAUGCCUCCACAUGUACAAAGUUCCUUUAGGAGCUUCAGUUGAUCUCGUUUUGAUAGACGAAGGGCAAUACGGUGAUGAAAACCACCCUGUACACCUACAUGGAAACAAUUUUUGGGUCAUUGGGCAAGACAGACCACAUGAUGUGGUUGGCUCUUCUAUCACCCGCAGUGAGGUAAUGGAUAUGGAUGCCAGAAAUGGCUUGACAAGGAACUUAGACCACCCUCCUUUGAAGGAUACCGUCACGAUCCCAGACGGAGGUUACACCAUCAUCAGAUUCAAAGCAGAUAACCCAGGGUACUGGUUACUUCACUGCCAUCUGCUGUUCCAUUCGGAGGCUGGAAUGAACCUGGUCAUAAAGGCCGGGGAGGACAAGGAUAUGCCAGAGGUGCCAGCCGAUUACCCCCGCUGUGGAAGUUACAGGAACGUAGGACUUUGAUGAAAUCAUUCGGUGAUUUGUUAAAGAUUCUGGACAUUCCAAAAAUUGUUGGCUGUUUUUUUGCUAUUGUGAUCUCUAAUUUAAGAUAAUGUUGGAGAGAGAGAGAGAGAGAGGGGGAGAGAGUGAGAGUUAAGUCGAUGGUGUCAAGUGACUGUAGCUGCAAUAAACUAUAGACUGCAUCACAAUCAUUUUCUGGUAAGGCAAACUUAUAUAUAAUAAAAAUCUUCUGCAGUGCUUUCAUAUUCAUAAAACUGUAUAUGAAGUCGUUUUGCCUUUCAUGAGGGAACACGUGGACUAGAAUACUCACCAAACCCUGAAGCAAUGAGGAAAUAACAUUAUACUGCCUUCAUCCCAUCCGCAAUACUCAUGAAACGUCCAAGUGAUCAAACAAGCAAAAAUAUGCGCUCAUUCACCAGUCCAGCUUCUCCAGUGGUUCCACAAAUAGUCAUGUCACAACGACACCUGGAUUCUUGUGAUAAAAGACAUUAAGUCUAAGUGACCGUUGCUUUUAAGCUGUAUUGAUAAUUUUGCUACAAUGGGGUACAGUACGGCUAGAAGUGCAUGUUGAUAAUAUCUAACAUUAGUUUUUGUAAAAUACGACCCAACUUAAUCAGUGGUGUGGUGCUCAGAAUAGUCUUAUAUUGGAGUUUUGGUGUGGUGAUGGACCAGGUUGACAAGAAGCAGAAAAAUAUGUUGAAACCAGUGUUGCCGUUUUGAGGAAUUUCGUCUACUAGUGUGGUUUUCUAGUGACAUCUGGCAACCCUCUGUGGAUAUUCUGACCACAGCCACGGCACUGAGGAAUAAAAUUCUUCACUUUGCCUUUUUAUGUUCUAUUAUGAAAAUAAGGUUAUAAAACAUAUCCUCCUUAUUUAUACAAAUGAAUUUUAUUGAAAUCCUUUAUUUUUCUUCGUCAAAAAUACUUUACGUUAAGCUGGUGACGUGUAGUUUUUUUUAACGUCACGGAAAAUAAUUCUACAUAAAAAAAUACGCAUUCUAACUAUUACAUUUUCCGUAUCCUAACCAUUAAAUCAUAAAUAACGUAAAAAAUCAGAUUAUCUGCUUAUGGUAACACUGCUAAAAGCCAAUGUUGUGAAGAAAAAACGGCAUCGCUGGUUGAAACUUGCUAUAUUAUUGAUUCAAGACACUAGCCACAAAUAGUUUCCAUAGCUACCCAGUAAUAAAAUUCAACAAAAUUAAGGUGAAACGCCUAUUUGUCAUAUGCUACAACCCUGUUCCAUCAAAAGUAAGAUUACAAACACUUUAUACUCAUGUACGGUAAAGUGAAAUGAUAAUACUGUAUUAUGUAGGCGAAGAGCACUUUGAAGUAAAGGUUGUUUUAAAAACUAAUCCAUAUUAGCCUAAAGAAAUGGGAUUCACUGCCUUUGUCCUUAAUCCUUAAUACUGUAUAUGCAUAUAUUAGAAUGCUGGAACGUAUAAUGACAAAAAAAUGACAUUGAAUUUUUCUUGAGAUUAUGUUUUAAUGUAAGGAACAAGAUAAACCGCCAUUGCUGAAUUACCAUACAAGGAUAAAAGCCCUACACGUAGUUCUGUUUCAUGAUGUAAACUAAUGAAAACAAUAAUCCUACAAAAACAAUGCAUAUAAAGUAAUUAUUAUUUUACUGUAUCAUUUCACAAAAUCAAGAAGUAAAAUGCAAUAAAUUUUUUCUGUAAAUAUUUAAAAACGAGCAAUGUCAAUGAAUACCAGUGAAUCCUUGUUUUUUGUAUUUGCCAUAUUAAACAGAGUGAAGUUAUGUAAUAUUAAACAGAAGGUGAAGUUACAUAAUGUUAAACAGAGGUGUGGUUAUGUUGUAUUAAACAGUGAAUUAUAUAUUAAACAGAGGGUGAAGUUAUGUUAGCAGUGAAGUUAUGCUGUUUUAAACAGAAGGUAGAGUUAUGUAUAAUAAUACACAGAAUGAAGUUAUGUUAUAUUUAACAGAAGUUGAUGUAAUGUUAAACAGAGAAUGACUUAUGUAACAUUAAACAAGGCGUGAAGUUAAGUUGUAUUAAACAGAAUGUGAAGUUAUAUAAUACUAAAAAGAAUGUGAAGUUCUGUAAUAUUAAACAGAGAGUGAGGGUAUGCUGCAAUAAACAGGAGGUGAAGUUUUGUAAUAUUAAACAGAGAGAAGUUUGUUUUUUUAAACAGAAGGUGUAACUAUGUAACAUUAUGCAGAAUGAAGUUACGUUGUAGUAAACAGAUGAGGUUAUGUAAUAUUAAACAGAGAGUGAAGUAACGUUGUUCUACAUACAAGAUCAAGUUAUAUUCAGUGUGAAGUUAUGUCAUCUUAAACACAGGGUAGAGUUACUUCCUUCAUUUGAAAGUACUGUACCAUUUGGCAUAGCUGAAUAUUAAAAAAAACAAUAUUUCUAAAAUUUCUUCACUUCAGUUAUGUGCAAGUUUCAUUCUACUGUAUUCGUAACAGCUUUGUCGUGUCAAGGCUUAGACGAGUUCAUGAAAAGACUUAUAAAAUAAUAUCACACUUUCUCUAAUAGUGCCAUUACAUUUGUGUGAUAUGUAUAUGAUAAGUUAUAUCUAGAUGGUUGGACUAAGUUUAAUGUUGACUGAAAAUGUUUUUUCAUCAUAUAAAUGUAUUAAUGUGGAAGAAUGAGUUCUACAGUAUACUGGCUACAAAAAAUACUCCAUUUAACAUGACAUACUCAAUGUUUACGGUAGCUCCAACUGUCACUCAAGAUUUUUAAAAAAUAUACUGUAGCAUCCUGAAAUUAUUUCUUGAAUUAGUUUUAAAACCUUAAUUUUUUGUUGACGUGUUGUACAGAUUUUUAUUACUGCAAUUACCUUUAGUAUAUCUAGUAAGGCAUAAUUCAUACGUUAGUAGAGAAUAAAUUGUAUCCCUUUUGUUUUCAGCCACAAGUUUGUGUAUUUAUUACUUACAGAAAAAACAAUCCAUGACAUACACUGGCUUCAUUUUUUACAUGCAACUUCAUUUUACAAUAGUACCUGAGAACACACUCCCCUGAAUUAUACUGACUAGUUUGUCGGAAUGCAUACAAUGUAUACUGACUACUCUGUCAGAACACAUAUACAUUGUAUAUUGAGUAUUUUGUCAGGACUCAUACACUAUAUGCCGACUACUUUGUCAGAACGCAUGCACUGUAUACAGGCUGCUUUACCAGAACGCAUAAACUGUAUACUGACUACUUUUUCAGGACGCAUACAAUGUAUAUUGAGUACUUUGCCAGAGCAGAAACAUUGUAUACUGAGUAUUUGUCAGAAUGCAUACACUAUAUACUGAAUACUUUGUCAGAACGCAUAUAAUGUAUACAGAUUAUUUUGUCAGAUCGCAUAAACUGUAUAUUAACUACUUUGGCAGAACGCAGACACUGUAUACUGCCUGAAAUGUUUGAUGAUGUAUCCAUAGGCAGUGUUUUUUUAUAUGAACCUUUAUGAGAUGCAACAUUCAUGUUAUCUUGCAAGUUUUGUCAUAAAAGUCUGAUGUAUAAA